AUGAUUUUCAGAUCAAUUUUUAAAAAGUUUUCAACAGAAGAAGAAGAAACAAAAAAGAAAAGUGUUGCUAAAACAAAUAGUUUUUGGUUUAUUUUAAUUUCAGCAUCAUCAUUCCUAAUUUAUUCAUUAUUUCACAAAAAGAGACUUUUGGGCACUGCAACUGCUUAA